UUGGAACUGGAUGAUCUUAAGGUCCUUUUCAACCCUGACUGUGCUGUGUCCCAGCUGUGAGCUUGCUACUUGCUUUCCGUGUCAGUACGUGUUCAUUUUUAAAGAAUAGCAGUAAAAACCAUCAUAAUCUGAUUCAAUAGUUGUUACUUGAUCAUAGUUUGUUUUAUUAAACAUAAAGAUUUCUUCAAAAUCUUAAAGUUUAUGAUUCUUGUACCUUGGUUUAGUUCUUAACCAACUAGAAAAGAGUAAAUGUUAUCUUUCUUACUGUAAGUACUGUGUUUCUUUAUUGCUCUAAAAGUACCUCAGCGAUGUGAUAUAAAUGAGUAAAAUUCAAAUGAUGCAGUGAUCUUGGUGCUGGCUUGGGACUCAGAAAGCUUCCUAGUGAUGGUGAGCUGGAUUUCUGAGAGAGUGAUGGAUGAUCCGGAAUCACCAUAUGGCUUCAGUGUCUUGGAGGACAUGGCUGCUCAUGUGGGAGCAUCCCGAACGCCCCAGGAGGUGAUGGAGCACUAUGUGAGCAUGUAUAUUCACGGCAACCUGGGUAAAGCCUGCAUCCCUGACACGAUCCCAAACCGAGUGACGGAUCACACGUGUCCCAGUGGCGGGCCGCUGUCGCCCAGCCUGACCACACCGCUGCCACCACUGGACAUAACAGUGGCAGAGCAGCAGCAGCUUGGGUACAUGCCGCUGCGGGAUGACUACGAGAUCGAAUACGAUCAGGAUGCGGAAACCCUCAUCAGCGGCCUCUCGGUGAACUACGACGAUGACGAUGUGGAGAUAGAGUUGAAAAGAGCUCAUGUAGACAUGUAUGUGAGGAAGCUCAAGGAGAGGCAGCGGCGGAAGAACAUUGCACGAGACUAUAACUUGGUACCAGCCUUUCUGGGGAAGGAUAAAAAGGACAAGGAGAAAGCUCCCAAACGAAAGAUCACUAAGGAGGAGAAGGAGCUGAGGCUGAAACUGAGGCCUCUGUACCAGUUCAUGUCUUGUAAGGAGUUUGAAGACUUCUUUGAGAACAUGCACAAGGAGAGGAUACUCCGAGCAAAGAUUCGGGAGCUGCAGCGGUACCGUCGGAAUGGGAUCACCAAAAUGGAAGAGUCGGCAGAAUACGAGGCAGCCAGGCAUAAACGGGAAAAGAGGAAGGAGAACAAAAACAUAGCGAGCUCCAAGAGAGGGAAGGAAGAUGGAAAAGAGGGUGAAUUUGCUGCCAUUGAAAACCUACCUGGCUUUGAACUCUUAUCAGACAGGGAAAAGGUGCUCUGCAGCUCUCUAAAUCUGAGUCCUGCACGUUACGUGACUGUAAAAACUAUAAUCAUUAAAGACCAUCUCCAAAAAAGACAAGGAAUUCCUUCCAAGAGUCGCCUUCCCAGUUACUUAGACAAGGUACUGAAGAAAAGGAUUUUAAACUUUCUAACAGAAAGUGGUUGGAUAUCCAGGGAUGCUUCCUGAAACUCAGCUGAUCUGAAAGUACACAGCAGAGGCACAUUAGAGCCUCAAGGACUCCAUUAGUUUUUCCUUCCCUCCCCACAGAUACAGAAAUCAUGUCACUUAAAAUCAACAGCAACAACAAUGCGAAUGCAUAAACCCCCUCAGUAUUUGUGAUCCAUGGUUCAAAUGGACUUUUGCUUUGGAUCAUGGAAAAUACUUAAUUGUGAAACUUCUGCAUUGGAUUUCACUGCUUUUGGUACAUUAUUCAUCCAGAUUUCUUCCACAUGAACUUACUCAAUUCUAGUAGUCUCAGAGUAGUUACUUACUCCUUACUACUGGAUCAAUGAGUAUUGGUGUAAUCCUUGCUUUUGUUUGAAGGUGGGAGAUAGUUUCAUUUGCUGGAAACUUUCUUCUCCCUUUGUUGUCUUUUUUGGUGUAAUGCUGGCAGGAAAGUGAAGCUUCCAAAUGUGCUUCCAGAUGACCAGUGCUAAGCUUUCAGAACAUUCUCCUUAGUAACUACAGCCAAGGCUGGGACAGCGGGUGAGUUUCUGUCAGGAAUGCAGCAGGGAUGAGAAAUGGCAGUGAGUGGAAGGGAAGAAAUGCAGUAGGUGAGAUGCCUUAAGGUACUUGUGCUGUGGAAAGGAUUCUUGAAGAGCUGCCUUUGUACCCAACUGAUCCAGACGGAGCUUUGACAUUGAGGUUUGGAUGAAAUGGACCCCACUGAAGCUUUGAUGUUCACUAAUGAAUAGCAAAGUUGCAGGAGUGCAGGGCAGCUGUGGUGCUGUGUGGGGUCAGCACCACUGCCAAGUGGCUGAUUUGGGCCAGAAAUGGGUUUUGGAAAGACAGGGAGCAAGUCGUUUGUCAGUAGCUGGGAGCCUUGGGCAACAAAAUCACCGUACCCUCUUGUUGGAGGAGCCUACUCCUCAUUCGGCGUCUAUAAAUCUUCUGAGCUUGUAUGGGCUGGGGAGGUGUAGCUGCUGGCUCCUCCUCAGCUUUGGGAGGGACAGGGAAAGGGAGUGAGACUAAAAAGGAGUUAUCACAGACUGGGCUUUAAAACCAAAAGAGAGAAGUGAUACAGAUGAGGUCAAAGGGCAGAGCUCAUGUGCUUCUGAAGUGCAGAGCUGUAAUCAAGGUCUUACAGGGUUCUGAUCGCACAUACCUUGAAACAUACCAGGCCACAUGUGUUGAAGUUACUGACAUGGCAGGAGAACUGUGAGUGCAGCCCACUGUGGUGAGAACAGUGCAUCUGGAGAGGUGACUUUUCCCAAUUCUAACACUACAGUCUGAACUGGGUGCUCACAACAGGCACCCUCUGGCCAGGUGUAACACUGCAAGUGAAAGACAUACUAGAUCCACAGCACUGGGUUAGUAGGAUCUACUAAAUUAGGAGAAAUAUGUUGAAGGAGGACUAGGAAAGGACUUUUAUGCUUGUUUCAACCUUAAAUUCCUGUGCCGGUAUUUAACCAAAUGAAUAAAUACGGUGGUUGCCAUGUGGAAGACAGCACAGUGGUACUUGGCCUAAGCCUCUCCACUGGUUCUGUCCAGAGCAGGAAGCUGGGACCAGAAGCCAGUUGGGCAGGUCUUCUGGAGUGCAAGAGAGCCAAAACAUGGAAUUUGACUGGCUCCAGAACAGGUGUGAGGACUGGAAAGGUCAUCUUGCUUUGAUGCUUUGGGCUGUAGUCAGUGAGGAUACCACAAAAUAUUGAACCAGUAUUAAUUCUGCAACUUGGCAUAGGUGUACUGAUGGGAACUGGGGUUUAGUUAUCAUAUCCAGCAUUACCAAAAUAGUGUUACCAGUGAGGUUAGAAUAAAAUGGGUACAAUUACAAAGCCAGCAUUUCUAAGGAAGAGAAAACCAAAACUCUAGUGCCUUUUUCUUUUGAGCUUGUGAUGUUUGAUGUUCUGUCCCUUCAGAAAAGGGAAGGGCCAUGUCCUCUUGGAUGUAACACUUUCUUUGGCUUACCUGUAAGUGGCUCGUUGUGGAAUACUUGAGACAAAACUGUCUCUCUUUGGCAGCAGUGGAACUAACUGCAAUGUGCUGAGUAGCUCUAAGAACCAUUUCAACCCUGUACACUGUACAAAAAGCACACAAGUUCAUAAGGUAUAAACCCUUGGUUAUUUUCUGCCCUACCCCUGCAGAAGGGAUGCUCAGCCUUUCUGGCAUUCUAGUUAUGCAAUCUGGUUCUUCCUGUACCUUGUUCCUGAACUGCUAUAACAUCCCAUUACUGCUAAUGUUCUGGAGCCUCAACUCUGCACGUAGCUGGGAGUUUAAAAGCUAUUUUUUUUAUUACUAUUAUUAUUUUCCUCAGAUCUGUGAUUUUUAUAUUUCUACGCUGUUGUGGCACAUCCAAAUGGAACUGAAGCAAUAGUCUAAAGCCCAUCUGAAUGAUAACUUAAGACAGUAUCUAGGCACCAAUGAGUCAUUUAAAUGUUGAACUCUGCAGUUACACUUUGUAGUUUCUUAACGCCUCAGCCCCUCCAAAAUGUUUCUUUGGUGCUAGACGUAACUUAUUGAACAUCUAAAUGAAUGUAAAAAUAAAGUAUUUUUAAUGUAUGAAAUAUGGAUAUCAAUAUUUAUUUUAUACUUGCAAGCAAAUUCAAGGUGGUGAAUGUUUGCUUUAGCAAAUACUAGUCCCUUGGAAAGGGCUUCCCUAGAAGCAAUGUCUCAUUGUCAGCUAUGCUUUGAAUUUUUAAGGUGACUUGCACUAGAGGAUGCUGCUGUUCCAUGUUUUCACAUGGAACUGAUUUAGUCAAAGCAUUCCUUUGUUAUGAGCUGCUGGUUUUUUGUUUGUUUGUUUGUUAAGCUGAGAUGUAGUUAUGUUGAUCCUGCAGUUAACUAGAGCUACACUGCUUCUCUUCUGUGGUGAAGGGGCUGAGCAAACACAUGGCAAAGAGCUCAACCUGUAUCUUGUGUUGAUCUGGAAAGUGCUUCCUGUACUGUACAAGUAACCUAGCCUUCAUGUUGCUAAUGAAAAGGUGUUUUAUAUGCUUAUGCUCUUGACUUUUCUAAUGGAAGAUAUUACUAAUGAUAGCAUCUGUCCUAACAGCAUUGAUGUAAGCCUAUGAAAAACUCACACUCCAUAAGCUGUUCAAAAUACUGGUCUUCUGCUACUGAUAGAGGCAGCAAUAUGUCUGUUUUAAUGCUGUACAUUUACUUUGAUCAGUCCAGUCACAGUGAUGUUUUUUUUACAGCAAUAUUUGCUUACCAGGUAACAAGGGAGCAUUGUUCUCCACUCUGCCAGUGCAGAAGGGUUUGUUACGAGAAUAUUCUGAAUACAGACCCUCCUGCCUUACGUUUUGUUGCUGUCCCAGCAAGCAUUAAGAACAGCAUCAGUAGGUUUGCAUGAGUCUUUGACCACAAACUGCCUUGUCAGUCACGCAGACUAAGCACUCUGCCAUUACUCUCUUGUGCGGUGGCUGCAUCAAGUUUCUUUGCAACCGUAAUGGACUUUUUUGGCCUUUCAGUUUACUCUCUUCUUGCAAAAUGUUUUUGCAUGUGCCCCAGUUGCUCUUAAGUGAUAACACAUUAAAUACUGUGAAGGAAGGUACCUGGUGAGCAUGCUCAGCUUGUCAGCUGCUUCCUUAAAGGGAAUGUUGCACUCAUUUGAAUGGUGUACUGGUGUACCUGUGCCAGACACACAAAUGCCUGUGCUGAAGUCAUGUAAAACCUAACUGAUGUUGUGCACACUCAGCAUUUUAUUAGGUUUUUGCAUUGUAUAUUGGUAAAUAAACUUGUAUUAAAGUUUCUUUCCAUUAUUGAUUUAAUGGCAAUGUAGCUUGUAUUAUGAGGAACAUGGCUUAAGUCUUUGCAAUAACAAAUGGAGAUGCAGUUUAGCCAACUAAUGGUGGGUGGAGAAGUGGUGUUUAUAAAAGAGCUAAGGCAGAGGUACUGGUGGUAGCUUUGUUGCCUGCUCUUAUGCUUAAAUUUCAGAAUAACCUCCCUCUGUUCUUUGAUUUCUUCAGUGCUUCUUACUGUUGUAUGGCAAAGCGCACCCGUGGUUUGAGCUCUCAGUGAAGACUGAAGCUCUCCAUGCUGAAAGUUUCUCUGAACAGGCAGGCCAAGGAAAGAGAACCACUUAAAUGAGAUUUAAAACUACUAGUUUGAGUCUUGCACUGAACACUUAAAAGUAACUUUUGUUUAAGAAGACCCUGAAUGAAGUAAUACAGCCCAAAAGAGACAAGCUUGUGUGAAGGGCUAGGAAGCCCAUUAACAAAAGCUUUAUCUGCUAGGGAAGAAGCUGCCCUUUGUUUUAAUUGCCCUACUGCAAAACUUCCAUACUAAUGAAGUUAUUAGAUUUAGUUUAGAUCCAGAGGGGUUGGGAGGGGGUAGAACACAGCUCCAGCCUGCUGUAACCCAGAUGGAAGUUACUUUCCAAUUCAAUUUUUCAUGUACCAAAAAUCAUUCUCCCUCCCCUGCCCAGUCAAAAGGCUGAUUUUCUUUGAGUUGUGAAUGAAUGAAUCCUUAAACAUGACUGUACCCUCAGCAGUAGUGUGCACUUAGGUUGUUUCUAGUUAACUUAUUCCCAGAAGGUAAACCAGCACAGGAAAGUAAGUCUUGAAGGAGAUGUAAUCAGCUCUCCCCAUGAGCAGGUCUUGUGUUCAGUAAACGGUUGGCUACUCUGCCUCUGAACCACAGAAAAUAAUCAAUACUUGACCUUAAGGCAGAAGGUCCUUGAUGUAAGACAACCAGAAACAAGGGUGAAAAUUCAGCAGUACUAUCUACCAGGUCCUAAUAACACGCAUAAGUAAGUUUGAGGUUUCUGUCCUGUGUUAGAUGUGUGGGCUUUGAGGAUACAAGAGGCUUUGCCAGUUGUGUAAUCUGCCAGUUUCCAUCCUAUCCAGGUGACCAGACACAUAUGGGCAAAGCAUGGAGUUGAUCAUGGACUGUAUUUUAGCCUGAUUCU